GAAUCUCACCAUUUCAAUAACAAACCAAGGAGUUGCUAUGAAUUUUGUUGCGCAGGUUCUCUACGCCAGGGCUUUAAGGAACCGAACUCCCAGGGAACGGUGCAGAGAAGAGGAAGAAUAUGAUCCUUUCUGGCAAAGGUUGGAGAAUAUUGCCAUGUGACGUAGACCUAGAGCGUUGAUUUCUUCCCCUUAGGAAUUAUGGACGGUCCUAGAUUUGCACCCGGGGCCAAGCCACUGGCCAUCAUCUCCCCUGGAUCCCUCCUGCCUCCUUAUGGUGCAGUAAUUCGAGUAUUGCUUCGCUUCUUUGUUUAUUUCAUUGCCAUUCUUUAUAGCUCUACAAAGAAGCUAUUUGCAAAAAAGGCUGAAACUAAAGUGAGAAAACUCAAUGACCCCUCGCGCUGUGAACUGCAAUGCUGUAAGGAUGGACCAGUAAGAAACGGCCCCACUGGGCAGAGAACACCCUCCAUCAAUCCUGAGAGACUGAAAGAUUUUGGUGAGGAAGAUUACCUGAACGGGGGAGUGAAGACUUGGGAAAUGAAGAUCAUGAGCCAGAAUGAGGAACUGCUAAGAGACCCAGCCGUGCGCCCGGAGAGGCUUAGCUUGGCAGCCUGCAAUAGAUUUAUUAGGUUUGAAGAUAUCAGUGCAGCAGCUUUCAAAAUCCAGUGCGGAGUCCAGAAAACACCCUGUAUGUAUUCUAGGCUUUCCAAGCAGUAUGGAAUGGACAUCUAUCUAAAGAAAGAGUUCCUUCAGUACACAGGAUCUGUGAAGGAGCGGGGUGUGCUGUACCUUUUGAUGUCUUUGAAACAGGAUCAGCAAAGAAAGGGAGUGAUCGUUGCCUCGGACAGCAGCUUCUCCAUGGCCGUGGCCUAUCACGCUUCGGAGCACCAAAUCCCCGUGUUUGUCAUCAUGUCCACUGGCACCUCGCCAGCUCAAGUUAAAAUGUGCCGGGAUUACGGUGCCAUGGUCAUCUCCUACGGUUCCACAGUGAGAGACUCCCAGCUUCACGCCAAGAGGCUGGCCCAAGAAAACGGCUACCUGUACCUGGAAGAGGAGGACAGUGCUGCCUAUCUGUCUGGGCUGGGGACCAUGGGGCUGGAAAUCUAUGAACAGGUGCCAAAACUGGAUGCAGUCAUUUUCCCGGCAGGGGCCCACUGUGGGUUACUAGCAGGUUCCGCUGCUGCCCUGAAGCAUUUGAACCCACAUAUUUCUGUAAUCGGUGUGGAGUCAGAGACUUUUCCGGUAUUGCAGCAAUCAUUUAAGACUGGCCAUGCUUCAGAAGACCAGACUCAAGGCAGUCAUCAGUUUUACAGAGAAGUAAGUGGACCCUGUUUUGGUACGAAUUCUUUGCAGCUGACGGGGAAAUUUGUCGAUAAGGUUGUAACAGUGAGAGAAGCAGACAUUCUGCUUUCCAUGCUGAGGCUGCUGGAAUACGAGCGGGCUACUGUGGACGCGGAAGGAGCCAUCGGGCUUGCAGCCCUCGUCGCCGGGAAGCUUCCGGAGUUAAAGGGUAAAAGAGUAGCUGUUGCCGUCUGCAGUGGCAACCUGGAGCUACCGUUGAUGAGGCAGUGCAUGGACCGUGCGCUCACCCUUGAUAACAGAGUUUGCAAGUUCUCCAUCCUGAUCUCGGACUGUCCAGGAGAUCUUUCAAAGCUGCUGGAGAUCUUGGCUCGGGAGGAAGCCAGAGUCCUAGACAUCAGCCGAGAACACCUGUACAAGACAUCAGACCUAUUCACCAGCGAGAUCACCUGCAUCGCAGAGACCAGAGACAAAAUCCACACUGCUCAGCUAAAAAACACCCUCAUAGACCGCUACCCAAUGAUGACAUGGAUGGAACGGUGAUGAGCACAGCUGACUGAAAAGCUCCAAGAUCUUUCAUUUAUUUUUUCAAGUUUACAGAGAGAAAGCAUAUUGUUACUGUUGUUCUUAUUAUUGUUUCCUUCUGUAACGCCAUCUGUGCACAUGGUGCUUUUGAAACAACAGCUUUGACAGGUCCCUGCCCCAAGGAGCUUACAACCAAACAUAGCAUGGCAGCCAAGCACUAUAACAUUGAUUAGCUUAAAACCUGCAAAAUUGAAAAGUUAGGGAACAGCUAUAACUCUUUUAAACAGUUAAAACUCUUUUCAGUAGCUUGCCAAAUAAGUAUGAAUCUCAUCUCUCCUUUGUAAUGAUAAUGAAUAAUCUUACAUCUUUUGAUUAGCUUAGCGUUUCAUAGCAUCUGCAUGGUUUCAGCUGUACUCCAGCCCCUUCAUUUGCAUCCACUUUGCAUGUAUAUUUUUUUUCUGUAUGAACCCACCUACCUGACUCACCUUUGGCUUUACUUUACCAAGAUCCAAGUGAACUUUUACCACAAUAUAAAAUCCUAGAAUUCGAGGAAGGGACUUAUCCAAUUCAUAGUAAAUAUAUUUCCUUCCUCUGCAUGCCCAGAAGUAUUGUGGGUAACGGAAGAGCUUCCCAAUGCAGUUUCCUUCACAAACGCUUUGCUUGUUCUAUGCCUGCCAAGCUGGAAACAUGACUUUCUGCCUUGCAAAUAAGUUCACAGAAAUGUGUUCUAGCCUUUCUCCCCAAAAAUAUGUGCUUCCCUCCCCAUUUUGUGAACUCUUGCUACAAAAAGGAGGUGCAGGACAGGUGUAGUCCUACCUAAGAAACUGGCCAGGUUUCAGGUAGAUUGGUGUAGUGAAUCUUGUAGCAUGUAAGCACUCCACUGUGGGGCGAACGAGGUUGAAAGCAAUUUGCUUCCCCUUCCGUCCUGCUGCAUUUUUUGCCAUUUGUGCGAAAGGCCGUCCCUCACAGAGACCUGCAGCAUCGUGAAAGGUUAGGUGCAGGGACUCAGGAGUCAGAGAAAAGGGCAAAUGUUCUCAGGCUCCUUGUUUGUUUUCUACUCACAGAAAGUCAUAGAAAGUGCUGUUAGACUGGGGUGGGUCAGGGACAGCGGGGCUGCAUGGAAGAAGCAGAACACCUUGGGGGAGGGGGGGUGCGUUGGAGAGCCUGUACUUGCCCCACACAGCAGCCUGUUUCUUGGACCGGGGGGCUCGGAGGGGAAACCAGCUUGCUGCAGCCCCGACACCAGCCUCCCCUUUCCGCUUGCUGCAGGACUUCCACCCCCCCCCCCAGCUGCACAGCUGGUGCUGCAUUUUCAAGGGGAUGACCCGAGCGGAGGCAGCCUCUUGCUCAGAUUGUGGGCAGGUGGGGUAGCGUGACUUUGCCGUGCCUCCCCAGUGGUCCCAAGCCAUGCUCUGCCUCCUCCUUGCUGGCCCAGGAGCCCUGCCUGGUCUGGCCUCUGUCCAGGCCCCGGGAGUCAUGGACGGCGUGGCCUUCCAAGCAAGCAGUCCCUCCCUGCCUCUCCCACCCACGGAGCGGCCAUUGCCAGGGCCCCUCCCUCCUGCCCCCUUCCCUCGAAGAGCCCCCUUUGCUGUGGAAGGGCCUGGAUGCCACUACGAGAAACAGCCUCAGAGUCGGGGUGAACCUCCCUCCAUGCAGAGCUCCUGCCUGCCUGCCUGCCAGCUAAGAGGGACAUGCCCCCGGGGGUCCCUGGGGGACACGGCCCACGAUCCCCAGCGCUGGCAGCAACACAGCUCACACGGCAGUGCUUCUUCCCCUGUGGGCUGAAGGGGGGCCACCCCAGAAGCCGGCUGCAUGUUGCUGGGCACAGCACACUUCGGUUAAAGACUGGCAUGCGUGUGCCCAACGGCUCUCUGCCCCACAGCUCCAUGAGUGACACAUGAGUGACACACAGAGGGAAACUAGGGAAGGCCAAGCUCGGGAUGGAAGGAUUUUGUUCAGUCUGUUUAAUCAGAUUUUUUAAAAGAUGCACGAGGAUUCAUUCCUCUUGUUCUAAUGUGCUUUGGUGCAAGUCUUGACACAUGUGCCCUCUACACACACACACACAAAGUUAAAAAGUCUCCAUAUGAUGUGGAACGUCCAUGCAAUGCGGAACAGGUUGGCUACUGCAGAAUCCACAAUUCAGAUUUGUAGAAAUCCACUCAUUUCUCCGACAUCCAUAGUCAAAGAGCGAAGAACAGCUCAGUAAAGCCUAACAGGGAAUUUAAAAGAAUCAACAGAUAGAACUCCUAGGCUACCAGGUUGAUUGGAACUUAAGCUUCUAGGGUGAAACAUAAGGCUACUGAUGCUUAAGGCCCUGGCCUGUGAGUCCUAUAAAAUGUAAAACUUAAGAUGUAAUACAGCAAAAUUAGAAAGAGACUGAGCUGCUAGAGGAAGGAUCCGGAUUGAUUGGUUGCUUGAAAGGAAAAGGGAUUAAGGAACUGUUCAGGGGAGUGUUGGUUGGAAUAUGGAGGAAAGAUGAAGAGGCAGGUUUAGAACUGGGCUGGAAUCAGAAGUGUUGCAGAGCACAAAACAGCUUUCUGUGAGUAAGUGUGAGGUUUGCUGCCCAUUAAUGGGUCGAUCACAGUUAUGUGUGUGUAUAAGCAAAAUAAUUCACACUCAGAGCAAUUUUUUAAAAAAAUUAAAACUCCUAGACAGGAAGACUCAGCAAAAAAGAACAGUGAAUGAACAAUAAUGAUGAUGUAGGUAAAAGUGGCUGUCGCUCUAACAGGGCUUAAAAAUAACAGUAAUAAUAAAAGAGAAGAAGCAACAUAUUUCAAAGUGAUAGUGCAAUUCUGUGCAUUCUGCUGAUUCUUAAAUCCCAUUUUCAAUUAAUCUUUCUCCCAGGUAAGUAAAUAUGGGCAUGUACUUUAGAGAACCAUCUUAUGCAUGUUUAGGCAAAACAAAAGCCUUACAUUUCUGGGCUGUCCCAGCCUGGCAUGGUGAGAAUUGCAGGAUUUUUUCUGUCUAAACAUGCAUAGGAUUGCACCCUUCGAGAACUGCAGGCCAUAAUGAAAGGAAUGGGGUUUGAAUGGUAAAAGGGAAGGUUUGUGGGUGAGAAGCUGGGAUAAGGCUGGUUUCAGAAUGUGGAUUUAAAGAUAAAGUGUUUGCAAAGGUAGUCAAGCCACAAAAACUCCUCUGUCUCACAACGGAGCCCUUCCAGCUUGGCUCCUCUGAACCAAGAACAGCUCCUCUGGAGCGGCAGACUGCGCUGUUGAGCAAAGGGUUUUAUAGGACACAGACCCCACACCACAAAUAGUGUGACUGGAAAGCCCUGGAUUAAUUGUUUCCUGUGAUUAGAAAACAGUCCUGUCAUCUGCUCAUCUUUCCCUGCUGCUCCGGCAGUUUUCAUCUGUGGAAAAGUGAAACCAAAGCAGCCCUUCCCUUUUCAGACUGUCUGUCUUUCCACAGCCCUCAAAAAUGCCAGGAAUUCCUCUUUGCCUUGGGUAGCCUCAGACGCUCUCCGAAUCAGCUCGAUUCAGGUUGCGAUUCAGCCAGAUCUUAUGCAUCUGCCUAGUUAUAGUGCUGUAAAACUCCAAUAUUAUUUUUAAAAGAAAGAAUGCAACUUUUCAAGUCAGUCAUUUUAGCUCUAUGGCUUCCCUGGCCUCCCAGUCCAGUUUAUUGAUUCAGUCCAAGCUCAAUGCUAAAACACUUCUUUAAUCCGCAGCAACGGGCAAUUGUGUUUAAAGAAACAAGUGCUUAAGGUUGAAUAAAGUAUUGAUAUUGGCUUAUUUUUGAAGGA